AUGAAGAUGUCCAUUGUUGCGAUCGCUCUGGCCCUCGUCUACUUCGUGUCGUUCGUCUUUGCGGCCAACCAACCACCGGCGGUGCCCACCCCGGCCGAGCGCAUGCAGCUCGCCAAGAAGAUCAAGGAGAUGGUGGAGAGCAACCCAGGCGCAGUGGAUCCGUCGUUCGCCGCCUUGUCGACGGAGGACCUCUUCAGUAUGCUUUCGGGCCUCAUCUCGAACCCGUCGGUGAUCUCGAAUGUCGGGGGUCUUAUCAAGGCGGCGACCAGCGGCGACAUCGGUGGAGUGGCUACUUCUGCGACGGGACUGCUCGGUGCGGCACUUCCUGCUGCGGUAUCGGCUUUCGCCCCUGCGGCCCCGGCCGCCGCGGUUCCCAUGGCUGCUGCGCCCGCGUCGUAG